UGUUCUUACCUCAUUUCCAGCUGGGUGUGGGGGUGGCAGUGGGGAUUUUUGGCUGGAAGGGAGAUUGUGUAGCUGUGCUCUGUUUGCUGGCUCUGGGGGCAGCUGUGGGUAAAUCCUUUUGCCUUUUUGAGCCUCAGCACCACUGUCCUUUUAGCAGAGCAGUGGAACCAGUCUCCAUCACAAACUGUGUCUCGGUGGUGGCAUUUAAAACCUUCUCUUGAGGGACAGGAGCCUCGAGCUGAUCUUAUCUGAGUUUACGGUUGUCAGGAUGUGAUGCCUUGAAUUCCAGAAGAGCACAGCAGUUUGGGUGCUUUGUGGAGCUUGAAUUGAUCAGCUCCUGGGGCUCGUGAGGAGUGGGAUUGGUGCCUUCAAAAAGCAGAGCCCUUCCCAGGUGUUUGGCAAGCAACCCAAAGUGCUGGUUUGCUGGUUGCCUUUGCCAGAUGUGGGACUGUAGAAGCUCUACCUCCUGUUCUGAUCACGCUGAUGGUCAGUGUGCAGAGUGGUCUCAGAAUUCAUCAGAGAUGGUAGAAAUCAUCAUCCAGGAGCUCUUCUUUGGGAGCAGCACAGAUGGAGCUCAUUUCCUCCAGAGCUGGCCCUGGUGUUGGUGAUUUCCAGGUCACUGCUCCUGUGAGGGGAGCUCUGAUCAGUCUGUGCUUGGCUCCCCGGAGGAGGGUGAGGAUCCCUGUCCUGGGGAUCUCCCCAGAUGCCUUUCUGCUGUUUUUAACCUGACACUUCUGCUGGGUUUGGGCCCUUCCCUUCCGCUGGUGUUGAUGUUUGUGGUGACACGUGGCAAACACAAAUCCUGGGGAGCUUUCCCGCAGCUGUGCUGGGUUUGUUCCCAGCCCUGGAAGCAGGGCUCACACCCACCACGAUGGCACGUUCCUGCAUCGUGGGAGGGGGCUUGGAGGUGUUUGAACUCAGUGAUCUCAAGCGAGAAAGCCCCACAUCCUCAGCUUGUUGCCAGGAGAGACAAAGUGUAACAGGAGCCAUCAGUGAUCUCAUGGGUGCUGGGAAGUGUUCAGGUUUUUGCUUUACACCGGGUCUCUAACACACCAUCACAGUGCUGUGAUCGUGCAGUGAUUCCAGAUGGAAUCAAUCCAAGCCACAAAAGAUAGGCCUGUUUUGGUUUUUUUUUUCCUUGGCAUUUAAGAAAAAGAGAAAUGAAAUAUUUUCAUGCUGGCUAAGAAAGAGUCAGAGCUGCAGAGCUUGGGAUGAAGCCUGGCUGUGGAGUGGGGAUGCUUGAAGGUAAUUCUGGCUCUGAGUCCUUUGUUCCUCAGCUGUGGAUCAUGGGGAGAAUACCUCCUGCUGUACCUGUGUGCAUGAGUGUGUGGACACAUCCUUUUUUUACCACAGACAUUCCUGCCUUUCAGUUCUCUGGCCACUGGAGACUGAAUUUUUACACUAACUGGGGUUUUUAAAAUUUUUUUAGACUUCUCUGAGCUCAUUCUCUGUUCCCAACAGUGCUUGUGGAAAUGGUCUGCUGGGGAAAACAUUUCCUGCAGCUCACCGGUGCAAACGUGGUCAGUGAGAAGGAAAACAAAGCUCAUCUGAGCCAGAGAGGAGACAGCAGCAUGGGGGCACACAAGGCAACACAAAGAGAGAAAAAAAACCACUUCUGCCAGAAAUAGCCUUGUAUUUUUAACUCAGACAUUCAGCCAGAGACCAAACAAGAGCCACGCUCCAUCAGGAGCUGGGGAAGGCAUUCCUGAGGAGUGGAGCUGUGGGUCCAUGGGCUGUGGCUGAAAAAUGGCCCUGUGGGGCUUUGCCAACCACUGGUGGCCCCUUGGCAGCACACCUGGCGUUUGGGGAGAGGGCUCUGGGGACACAGCAGGGUCACUUCAGGGCAGCUUUACUGCUCCCAGCUUUGCCAGGCUGACUGCAGCACGGGCCAGACCUCAGGAUGUUCAAAGUCAGCGUCGUCCUCUGGGUUUUGCCAUGAGCAAAGCAACCCCUCUGUGUUCUGCUGUCACGGGGGAGUUGAAAAGCUGCAAUUCCAUCCAUGGGAGCCUUUGCAGUCAAAGGGAGCAAACCCCACCCCAGUGGGAGAGAAGCUCUUCCUGGUCGGGCUGCUGAGACAACAACUCCCCCAGAUUCCUCAUUUUGCAAGGAAAAAAGCAACAAUUCUCUUUAAUCCAUUGCUAAACUGUGACUCCUUAGAGGUGAUCUCUGCAGGUUGAGCUGAGGUGUUUGUCUGGGGUGUCACAAUCCCUGCUGGACACGGCAGAGGAGAACCCAGAGUGUGAGCAGGGGAAAAACCAACCCCAGGUCCGGCAGUGUGACCUCUGGGUGAGCUGGAGCUCCAGCCCGAGGGCAACUGCCCGUGGUGCCCUGAGCUCCAUCCCAGCAGUGCCCUGAGCUCCAUCCCAAGGGCACAUCCAGGCCGGGGAGGCUCUGGGGGUGAGGUGACUCAGAGCUCCUGCAUUCACCCCCAUCCCUGCCUGUUGUUUACCUCCCUCCUCCCCAGGGUGUGCUGGGGUAAUGCUGCUCUCCUGCCUCCCCCGGGGAGGUUCCAGGGGCGUGAUGAUGGCUGUGUGGAGUUGUUGGAGCUUGGGAUGGCAGGAGCCCUGGUGGUUGUUAUUAGCGCUGGUGAUGAUGCUGCUAAUUACCGAGCUGCUGGGAAACUCCCCUUGGGAGGAGGCGGAGGGGAGGCAGGCAAAAGGGGAGUGAGCAGGGGAUGGAGAGGAGCCUGUCCCUCCUGGCAGCUCGGUGGGGCCCUGAGAGGAGGGCUCAGCCUGCAGGAGAAGCCGUGGGGAUGCUGGCAUGGAUGGGAGAAGCCAUGGCCCAGCUGCUGAGGAAGAAAAUCAACCGGACCCCUUCGGACGAGGAAUGCUUCUUUGACCUGUUGAGCAAAUUCCAGAGCAACCGGAUGGAUGAUCAGCGCUGCCCGUUGGAGGAGUGCCCAGCCGAGGCUGCCGAGGCGGCUGCCACGCGGGUCCCUGCCCUGGGAGAGCGGCUGUCACAGUCCACCCUGAUGGCAUCUCCACAGACAGAGGAGUUCUUCGACCUCAUCGCCAGCUCCCAGAGCAGGCGCCUGGAUGACCAACGUGCCAACGUGGGCAACCUGCCCGGCCUGCGGAUAACCCACAACAACCUGGGCCACCUGCGUGUGGAGGGGGACGCCCAGGAGCCCGGGGACGAGUUCUUCAACAUGCUCAUGAAGUGCCAGUCCUCCAGGAUCGAUGACCAGCGCUGUGCCCCCCCAGACUCCAUCCCCCGUGGCCCCACCAUGCCCGACGAAGACUUUUUCAGCCUCAUCCAGCGUGUGCAGGCCAAGCGCAUGGACGAGCAGCGUGUGGAUUUGGCCUCAGGCCAGGAGGAGGCCGAGGAGGAGCAGCAGAGGCCUGGUUCCAGCUAAGAACUGGGCUUUGGGCUGGGGGGGUUGUUUCAGCUUUGUUUUUUAAAAAGGAAGAACAGAGUAGGUGGUUUCAAGCCCGAGUGCUCCUGUGCUCCCACUCUUGCACCUCCAUCGUGUUCCUAUGGGAGAGCCCAGUGGAUGGGGGACAGUUUUUAAAUAAGGUUUUUUUUUUUAGGACACUCGGCCACUGUAACUCUGGGCACAGCACCUGAGAGACUUUAGCAGCCCCUUGCUGAUCACCUAACACCCCAGGAACUUGGAGGAGCCCACAGGGGGUAGCUAACUCCAUCCUUGAUUUAUUUUAUUGCCACAACACUUUUAUUUAAACAGGGAAAGGGAAGAACACCUUUUCCAUUUUGAAGUCCUCCUGUCUUCCCUGACACAAAUGUUUCUGGAUCCUUCUCUGGAACACCUUGUUCAGCUUUGUUCCUUCUACAGAAGAAAAAAAGCCCGAGUCCUUUAAACCUUAUCCACCCCAGAUGCAUGGUGGUCCCACACACCUCAGUGUAUUUUAGGUUUGCUGAGGACUCUCUGGAGAGCCCUGGACAUUCUCUGUUCCAGCUGCAGCCCUGCAGGACCUCCUGAGCAGGGGAAAAGCCUCGCUGACCCUAAGCUUUAGAGGGAUUUGUUACCUCUGGAACCCUCUGCAACCCCAUGGCAGGGGCUGUUCCUGGGCAGAGGGAAGGAGGAAAGAGCUCUCUGCCCAAGUGUUCAGCCCACAGCAAUCGGGGACAGCUCCUGGUGCCACUGAGCCGCUGUGAGGGUGUCCAAGACAGAACCUGUGUGUGACAGGGCCCUGCUUCAACAGCCAGCAAAGCUUUCUGCCCACAGCUCAGCCCUCCUUUCUUCUGUGUCCAACAGCAGCUCGGGCCAGUGGCCCUGCCCUCCUCUUGUUUCUCCCCAAGCCAGCACUGAGCUGCUCCCAGUGAGGCUCUCUGGUUCUGUCCACCUGUCUCCAGCCCCUGCAGCCUCAGGAGAGCCCCAGCCUGGGGAGCUGGCUGGGAACUCACAUUUACUGUCAUUCCUUCCCCUUGUGGACCAGCUGGAAAAGCUGGAGGAGGGGAGCAGGGACCUGCCUUGAGGAGGUGCAGUAUUUUUCCUUUGCUUGACCAGAGACUAUGCUGGACUUGAGCAGCUCCAGCACCAAAGCAGCGCCGCUCCUGCAGAGAAUAAAUCAGCACUUUGGAUUUGAAAUGAUGGAAACGUUCCCAGCCAGCAGGGAGAUAUUUUCAGACCAGUGAUGCUGCUCACGGGGCAUUUACCCUGCCUGCACUGACCAUGUGGAGAGGUAGCUGCAGUUUACCUGCUACCUGGGAGCACUCACCUGCUGCUUGGCCGAGGCUGGGCCUCCCUCCUGGGGCUGGGCAGAGCUCUGGAGAGGGGAGAGGAGGAGCUGCCCACCCCCUGCCUACCAGCCAAGCUGGCAUUUGUAAAAGAGAAAAGCAUUGAUGAUGAUGACCUGACCAGCUACAGGCUCUCAGCCAGGUGGUGAACUGGAACCUGACCAUUAAGCUUUCAGAGGUAUUAUUGAGGUAUUAUUUGCCAUAUACUUGAAUGUAUGAGCUUAUUUAUUUUUUACAUGUGCAUUUGCUAAUGUCAUUUUAAUGGGGAAUUUCCAACCCACAGGUACUUGGUUUUUUUCUAAAAAAUAAUCUGCCAAAUGGAUUAAUAUAUUAGAAACGAAUAUACAGCUUAAGGGAAAGGGGUGGGGGGGAAUUGUGCUUAAUAAAUAUUUGUGUCUAAGCUUCAGUGCAAA